AACUCACCUACUGACAUACACCUAGGUAUUCAACUUGACUCUUACAACGACCCAUCCGCAUCACGAAUAGCCCAACGAUAAUUCAAACGAUCAAGUCACAAGGGUUAAUAAAAAGUAAUUCAUCCGACAAAGUUACCGUCGACGAGAUAUAAUGGCCGCCAAUACCAAGUACACGGCAGCGCCGACCCAGGACCCCGACGAGGGCACCUGGUCCCAGGCGCCUCCAUCAUACCAGCACGACGAGGCCGCAUCGUCAUCCGCCGGCAUCUUCGGCGGCGCGCCACGCAGCAGCGAGGACAAUGUUCCCGAUGACUUCAAGUUCGGCGGCUCCGUCGCCGAGGCCACUGUCGACAUCCGCAACCAGUUCAUUCGCAAAGUUUACACUAUCUUGACUGCGCAGCUAAUCACGACUGCUAUCGUCAGCGGUCUCAGCUUCUGGAGUAAGGACUACAAGGCUUGGAUCCAGUCGCAUCCGGCACUGGUCUGGGUUUCGCUCUUCGGCUCCAUCGCCUUCCUGAUCCUGACAUACUGGAAACGUCUAUCCUACCCGACGAACCUUCUCUUCCUCUCCGGCUUCACCCUUCUCGAGGCAUACACCAUCUCCGUCAUCGUCUCCUUCUACCAGACCCAGAUCGUCCUGAACGCCGUCAUCCUGACCGGCGGCAUCUUCGUCUUCCUCACCUUGUUCGCCUGCCAGACCAAGUAUGACUUCACGUCGUGGAUGCCCUACCUCUUCGGCGCCCUCUGGGGCCUGCUGCUUUUCGGCUUCAUGGCCGCCUUCCUGCCCUACAGCAGCACCGGCGAGCUCAUCUACGGCGGUCUCUCUGCUCUCAUCUUCUCUGGGUAUAUCCUUGUCGACACCCAACUUGUCUUGCGCAAGCACCACGUGGAAGAGGAGAUCGCCGCUGCCAUUAGCCUCUAUCUGGACAUUAUCAACUUGUUCCUCGCCAUCCUGCGAAUCCUCAACAGCCAGAGCAACAACUAGGGUCUGUCUUGCGAAGAUUCGCACAGUCGCAGUACGAAGGUGAUAGGGGCUUAACUGGUAUUUUGGAACAACACGGGGGGGGGGGGGGAAAUUAUUUGAUUCGUGGCGUAUCAGGGCGUUUAUGAGGGUGGAUGGGCGGGUGAUAGUAGUCUUUAGCGACUAGACGAUGCUUUCUUGCGCUCGUUGGCAAGUCUCGUUCUAGUCUUCAGGUUAAUCAUGAAACUAGCAUAUGCUAAGCCUUAGCAUUACCGUGUCAGUCUGUUUAUGCCAGAAUGCAUGCUGGCCCCUGAAUAGCAGUGUACAAUUACUUUCCUUCAAAUGAAAUGAUCUAUUUCCCUUUCUGA